UCGGAGAGCGUACGUCGCUUUAUAGUGUACGCGAGAGAGUCGGUGCGCCUCUCGGUCGUGGACACAAAUCGCGAGUAAAAUGGAAGCGGAAUUUCGCUGCGAGGUUGAAGUCUGUCGUUGAGAACAGUGAACAUGGGAAGGUCCAGGUUUCCCGGGAAGCCGUCGAAAGCGGCGACCAGGAAACGGAUCAAGGUGCUCGGCCAGCCUGAGACAGUGCAGACCGAUCCGGUAACCGUCGCCGAGAACAUCUACUUAGGACUUUCCCUGUUCAAUGAAACAUUCGGUGACAACGAGAAGGAACAUCCACCAUUCCAUGGAUUUAGCACUAAAGAGGCUAAUCUUUCUGCAUCCUACAUAAAAACUCAACAACACGAUGCAGAAAAAACCACCAAUAAAUUACCUUCCGUCUCACUAAAAACUCUUGCACCGCAGUCUAGCACGAAGAAUGUAACGGACAUCAAAGGUUCAACAAAUGCAACAAAUACAGAAAACAAUACGGAGAAGCUUGUCGACGCGAAUUCAAAACUAGACGAUUCCAUCAAAUCAGUGGUAAAUGUAAACACUAAAAAUAAUUCGAAACUCCAGAAAGGCAAAAGUCGCAAGAAUUGUAAGAAUAUUAAGUUUUCGAAUUAUUUGAAAACUCCGGUGCUAAAAUCUGUGAAUAACAUUUUGGAUCAACAUCAGAGAACUAGACAUUUACGUAACAGCACUGCAAAAAGAUUACUUCAGAGAGCGAAAUCAAAUGGCAGUAAUACGCGCAAUUUGGUGGUACAAUCUGGAGAAAAGUCUAGCACAGUGAGAAAAUUUGUUUUGCCGGUUCGUAGUGUGCAUUCAUCGAGAGUUAUUAAGCCAAAUAAGAGAUUUAUCGAAGAAUUGGAAGAAAUUUCUACAACAGAACACAGUGAGAACGAGAUUAACACUCAUGUGAAGAAGGCUAAAUUGAAUUCGGAUAAGUUUGGCAACCAGGAAUCAAAAUUAAAAGAUAGAGAGGCAAGAAACAAAUCGAAAAAACUUAUUCAGAUAGAUUCUAACGCCGAGAGUGUUACUCAGCAAACAAAAGAUACAGAUAAAUCAUUGAGUUCUGUACGAAGCGCACAAAUAUCAAAAACUCAUAGAGAAGUAAAGAAAUCUUAUACUAUAUCAUGUAAGAAUAAAAUAUCAAACAGCACAUCUAACAUUUGUAAUAACAAUCAGGAAUGCUCGCAGAAUGCGAGCAAGGCUGCACAAACUGCAAAAUCAACAGUUCCCAGAAAUCAGAAACAGAUUUCUAUUCCUACAAAAGCUCUUCCCGAAUCCAAUGUUCCAAACUUUGAGUCUUCCAGAGUUCAGACAAGAUCAGGAACUCAAGCCGAGAUAGCAGGGGAUUUAAGUGAUCAAGCAAACUGUGAAAGUGGUGCAGGAUUAACGGAAGGUGGCUGUGCAAAAUCCGAGGUUCAGUCUGAAAAUGGUAAUAAGAGUACAGUUGGUACAUCGAACAGUUUUGAGACAGAACCCAAUUUGUCUGAAAGUGAGAACGAGCAUAGCAAUCAUUCGGAAAAUGAGCAAUCGGAAUUCAGUGGAAUGAAACUCAAUGGUGGAAAAGUUAUAUUGAGGAAAGCGCGAUUGAAGUUGGAUAACAAGUGUUUAGCUGGAACAGAAGGACCAUUUUCAACAACGAGCAACAGUAACACAAUGGGAGGAAAUACUAAUUUAGGAUUAACAGGAACUAUAAAGUGCGGUGUUUGCGGCGCGGUGCGAUUUUAUCGGUUUGUGAAACAGGCGCGCAAGUUCGGUAUCCACAGUUGCGAAUCUUGCCGAAAGUUCAUAAGCAAGAUGAUCAAACGUCAGACGUGCGCCAAAUCCUCAAACAAUGUUCUUCCUGUUCUUCAGUGUCAUAAAGGCGACGGUUUAUGUUUAGUUCCGCCUGUGGUGAGAAGCCAGCAGUGGAAUCUCAUGAGAUGCGUUUAUAAAGCCAGAUGCCCGGCGUGUUGGUUAAAAAUGUGUUUGAAAUGUUACAACAUUCCACCCGCUCUGAGGACAGGUUUAAACGCAUUGUUACCACCGUUAAUGAGAGAUCCUCUGAGUAUAUCCUUGCCACUCGGUCAGGACGAAGAUGGUCAGGGACAAAAGUUGGGUAAGCUAAGUUGGCCCGCGGAAGAUAGUUCGGAAAGAAAUUUGUUUAAGUCCGCCAUGAGUUGGAAAAAUUUCGAAAUGGGACAGAAAACAAGUUAUCAGGGUACCGGAGGUUUUUUGUACACAAAAAUAGACAAAUUUGAUUCUUCAAUGACCAUAUCGCCCAACAAAAAGAGGAGAAAAAAUAAUAGAAUUAAAGUAAGAAAGAAAAUUAAAAACGCAGUGCUCACUUCGUCUACAAGCAACCAAUGUCCGCAACCUCUCAGACAGAGGCUUGAAUUGAAGGGGCCAAGAGUCAAGCACGUUUGUCGAAGCGCCAGUGUCGCUCUUGGUCAGCCAAUUGCAACUUUUCCUUCCGCAGAUGCGAAAGAAGACAGCGAACAUGGCAAAAACAUUCCAAAAACAGCUAAGGAACUCGAGAAAAUAGAAAAGAAGGAUGAUGUUGCAAAAGAAAGGGAGACGCAGAAACAUAACGAGGAUAGUAAUUUGAAUCAAAACGUUAACGUAACGCAACAAUCUUAUCCAAAAAGAGGAAAGUCGCAACAACAAAACGUAUCAACGUCGCAUUUUCCAGUGAUGUCUAAGGCAGCUACGGACACCUUGUAUACAGUCUCUGUAGACUUUUGGGAGCAAUACGAUCCUUCGGAAAUUGGAGCAAAAGGUUUUGCUCUUAUUGGUUCCGAGUUAUUUCACAUACCCGCUAUUUGCUAUUUAUGUGGAAGCGCUGGGAAAGAACCACUGAUACACUGUCAGUGCUGUUGUGAGCCAUACCAUCCCUUCUGUUUGGAACCCAGUGAAUGGAGUGCUUGCGCACAGCCAAACUGGUGUUGUCCUCGGUGUACAGUAUGUCAGUCCUGUCAUCUCAGAUCCGGUCCGAAAUUGUCUUGCAUUCGUUGUCGUCAGUCGUUUCACCACUCGUGUUUGUCGAAAUCCGGCGUUAGUUCGAGGUUGUACAGUCCGGAUCGACCCUACGUUUGUCAGAGUUGUAUCAAGUGUAAGAGUUGCGGUAGCGAAGGUGUCAGCGUUCACGUGGGCAAUUUACCUCUGUGCUCUAUGUGUUUUAAGUUAAGGCAGCAAGGAAAUUAUUGUCCUUUGUGUCAGAGAUGUUACAACGAAAACGAUUACGACACGAAGAUGAUGGAAUGUAACGAGUGUUCCUGUUGGGUACAUGCCCGUUGUGAAGGCCUUUCUGAUGAGCGUUACCAGAUACUUAGUUACCUGCCCGAUUCUAUCGAAUUUACGUGCAGUCAGUGCUCCUCCAACUCCUCGAACUCCGUAUGGAGAAAUGCUAUAGAAGCCGAGUUGAAAGCGGGAUUUAUUGGCGUGAUAAAAUCCUUGAGUAAGAACCGCAAGGUUUGCACGGCUCUUAAAUGGAGUCCUAGGAAAGAGUGUCUCUGUAAAUCGAACACGAGCAUGAGAAAACUCGAAUUUUCCGAUGGCAAAAAAGAGACGAAUUACGCAAGAGAAAACGAAGAUUCGGAAGAUUACAAGGAUACAGAUUCUAACUCGGAUACCAAUAAUGCGACAAAUAAGCCCGAUUUGGAAGAACCUACGACGGAUACUUCCAUUAGGAAAGGUCUACGGCGGUUGCGACAGAAGUUUCAUUUGAAGGAAUGUUCGGUCAGAGUGAAGAACUGUAUUCCAAAAGAUUCUCAAGAAAUUGAGAAAAAAGACCGAACAAAUUCGGAGUCGCUGAGUUCGUCGAAUGACAUCACGGAAUGCAAUUGUUCUGAGCAGCAGAUCAUCGCGAGACCAUCGCCAACUUUAAUGUCCGUAAAACAAAAAGUGACUAACAACGAGUACAAAUCUUUGUGGCAGUUUUAUUAUGAUAUGGAGCACGUGAUCAAUCGCGCAGGUUCGAAAGAUCUGACAAAAAUUUAUCACGAGAUACUUCAAGAAGUUUUUCCCUGGUUCAAUCCCAAAAAUGUUGAUUGUAUUGACGAAAACGACGACGCGUUAACGCCUUCUAAAAAUGUGUGCAAAGAUUCCUCGAAUCUGAUUCCGAUCAGAUUCGAGGAUCCUAAUCUGGAGACGUGGAAGGAAGAGUUGAUGAAAGCACCGAAAGCAAUCGCGGCUAAAACGGCAAAUUUGUAUAAUAUUCAUUUCGAGGAUAGCAGAUCGUGUUGUUUGUGCAAAGGUUUGGGGGACGAGAUAGAAACGAAAGAAGGCCGGUUGCUGUACUGCGGACAGAACGAUUGGGUUCACGCGAAUUGCGCGCUUUGGUCGAACGAAGUAUUCGAGGAGAUUGACGGUUCUCUGCAAAACGUUCAUAGUGCCAUUUCGAGGGGUCGUUUGAUUCGCUGCACCGAGUGCGGGAAAAAGGGCGCCAGUAUAGGAUGUUGCGCAAAGAAUUGCAACAACACCUUUCAUUUUCCAUGCGCACGAAGCGUCGGGUUAAUUUUCAAUGACGAUAAAACAGUAUUUUGCAUCUUGCACGCGAACAGUUCCGCACACAAACCUCUACAAAGCGAAAACGAGUUCAGUUUGAAGCGGUCGAUAUACGUAGAACUGGAUCGCAAAAAGAAGAAGUACGUGGAACCCAACAAGGUCAAGGUAAUGAUAGGUUCCUUGAUGAUCGACUGUUUGGGCACCAUUGUUCCUGAAUUCUCAGACACAACCGAGAAGAUAAUACCGUGCGAUUACAAAUCCUCCAGGCUCUACUGGUCCACAAUAAAUCCUUACAAAAUCGUGAGGUAUUGCGUCAGAACUUACGUGCAGAUGCAUAUUCCGGACGUCGCAUCCGACAUAGAAAACAACAUUACCAUCGAUCAUAGCAAAGAGCAGGAUAGAGAAGAAGUGGACGCACAGAAGGUUGCAUAUUUGGAUGUUAAACAAACUCUAGACACGCUUAUCGAUAUCGUGUGCAACAAAGAAGUCGAUGAGAAUUUGGCUGAACAGAACAACACUGACAUCUUACCACCGGAAUUGAAAGAGGCUAUAUUCGAGGAUUUACCGCACGAUCUGUUGGACGGAAUUUCCAUGCAGGACAUCUUUCCGAAAGUGUCCUAUGAGGAUUUCUUAGCUAUGGAUCUGAAGAAUGAUAGCUCUUUUACUGCGGAUUUGUUCAAGGACGACAUGUUACCGUCGGAAGUUGAAGAGACUACGAAACCAUCGGAGAACAAACUAUCCAAAAUAGAUCCGUCCUUGUUGGAAUUAGGGACGCACAAUGAUCUCUGGUUGCGACUCGAGGCAAAGACUGCGGUUCAGGAUCUUAUGGACGAUUUAUUCAAUUCAAAAAGUCAGAAGCGCAAUGGCAGAGAAUUAAAGCGGUCCAAAUCUGAGGUGAUGUCAAACAAUCCGCUGAUCGUCGGCGGUCAGCGACAUCAUCAACGCUCCUGUAGUCUCACAUGGAGCUGCAAAUUGGAUAACACUCACAGUUCCAACAUAAAGAGACGAAAAUUUCCCCGAAAUCCAUCCAGCACCAAGUCCAGCGAAACCGGCCUGAUUGUUUUAGAUGCGCAAAAUGAACGUUCGUCUAUGUUUCAUGAAUUAAUGAUCCCGGAAAGCAUCAUGGUCGCCAGAGUGAAUAGAGGAAACACGUCUAAUAUAUUGUCCGAUUCAAUGCGCGAAUUGAAAUAUUGCAUCGAGGAUUCUGCCGGACUGAAUCGUCGUAUGUUACCGGUUAGGGAUGAAGCAAAAGAACACAAAAGGUUAUAUUGGCAUCCGAGACAACAGCAACCACGAAUAGUACAGGUCGAUGGACCGUCUGACGCUAACAGCGCUAGUGAGUGCAGUUCGCCGGAAUAUAAUGCCGAUGAGAAAAAUACGAGCUUACAUCCGUCCGAAUCGAUUCCGCAAUUGGAUGGUAUUAACGACGAACAUUCGUCCGACGCGAGCGAGUCGAGUUCUGAAUUAGAUUUCAGUUUGUACACGCGGUCCUCGAAUUUUUUACACUCGAAAAAAAUUUUCGACUUCAUCAAGUCGCAGAAAGUAAAGAGCAACAAUGACAAUCUCGUCAUUGCUCCUCUUUCCAGAUGCGCUUUGUACAAGCCUAGCGUUUUAUUUAAAAAGAAAAACAUCAAGUUGAGUCUGAAGAUUCCGCAAGUAGACGGCGCAGGUGAUAUAUCGAGCGAUGACGAGUGUACUUCGUCGCAGCAGGUAGUGGCGCGCGAGAGAAUAAUCCAUACAUACGAGUCACCGCUCAAACACAUUGACCGACCCGUUACAUGUAAGAGAUGUUGCUGCACCUAUCGCACUCAGGACAGUUACAAUCGACACUUGGCUAGCUGCGACAUUAUGAUUACCAGUGACAGUGAUUCCGAGACUAUGGACAACAAGUUAUCGCCAGAGUCCAACUUUUCGUCGAGCGUCGGCUCGGUGUCGCCGCAGUUUAUCACACUUUCGCCGUCCGAGGGUCACACCUUGUCGACCGAUUAUACGGAUAUCCAGGCGACGUCACCUAUUGAGGCAUCUGUGCCAUCGCCUCAUCCGAGCAUUCAGAUCGAACCGAUUGCCCAAGCGAUCAUCACGCCGCAGAUUCAUACAGCACACGCCACAGUUGAGACCGUGCACCAAACAGUAUUAACGUCCAAUGACAUGAUCGUGCAGACUCAAUACACCCGCAGAACCACCACUCUGCCAAAUCCAACAGUAUUACCUCCUCAGGAGAGCACGGUACAGAUAACAGAGAUUACAGACCCGCCGUCCGUUUCCAGCGAUUCCAAUAUAACAGCGCAUAGGAUAGUAAACACACCGAUGAGCUCGCCGGAUAGCACGAGCUCACAGACCGCCCGUACUCCGGAUAUGUCCGUUUUUUCGUCAAUGGGUGUGCAGACCGCACACGAGUCCGCGCAGAUGCCCGCGCAGGUUGUUCGAGCGAGCUCCAAGACCAAGAAUCCUAGAGUGACCAAAUCGAAAACCAAAAGUGUCAAGCCGCAGCAACAACACAUCGUGAAAAAUGUCGUGCAAUCGACGCCGCAGAACAUCGCGCAUGCAAGAUUUCAGCCAGCGCCUGCGAUUCAGAGCGGCGCGGCGCCGAUCAUUCAGUUACAGCAAACCACGACUCAGAGACCAACUGUAAUACUCCAGCAAGUGGCAUCACCGGGAAUCGUAUCCGCUUAUGUAGAGACGUUACAACAACAAUCCGGACAGAACUUGCAGUACAUCACGACAAUCGGCGGAGGACAGCACGAGACUGGUUUCAAACCGCAAUUGAUCGCCACAAAUCCUCUGGUACCGGGCACCUAUAUACAGGCACCGUCUGCAGACAACCUGCUUACGCUGCAAAACGGCGGAAUAUCCAUACUGCCAAGCGUGCAGAUUGCGCAGACGCAGCCUACGGUGUUAGGUACCAUCAUACAGCAGCAACCCAGCGCGAUUCAGUGCGGCGUGAUAUCGUCGGAACAGCUCCUACUGAGCUCUGCACCUACUCUAGAAAUGUUUGCCGAUCCGAGCGGUGGUAUGUUCGUUUCGAAUCAACCGAUGUAUUACGGUCUGGAAACGAUAGUUAGCAAUACGGUGAUGUCGUCUAGUCAGUUUAUGGCAGGCGCGGUGCCACAGGUGUUGGCCAGCAGUUACCAGACGACGACGCAGGUGUUUCAGGCGUCCAAGCUAAUGGAACCCAUCGUAGAUGUGCAGGCUGUGCCGGGCGUACCUACGAUGACGACAGUACAGACAGUACAGAACGUAUCGGGAAUGCCAAACGUGCCUAGCGUUCAGAAUAUAACUGGCGUUCCAAACAUAGCCAGCAUACCUAAUGUGGCCAACGUGGCCAACGUGGCUAACGUGGCCAACGUGGCUAACGUGACCAACGUAGCCAACGUUACCAACGUGGCUAAUGUGGCUAACGUAACCAAUGUAGCCAACGUGCCGGCAGUGCCUGGUGGUUACGUAGUGGUAAAUCAACCAGCGCCACCACCACCGCCACCACCACCACCACCACCACCACCACCACCACCACCACCACCACCGCCACCACCACCACCAACACCAGCACCAGUAACAGUAUCCGCUCCGGCACCAACACCAGCGCCUGCACCACCAUUACCGGCACCGCCACCGCCACCGCCAACGGAACCAAUUGCGGCAUCACCACAGAUCAAUAUUUCUGCGGCGCCACAAGAUCAAGCUUUUGGUAACGUCACAUGCAACACUGUGUCAUCAGUACCAUGUCAAAGUACAAUUGUAGAACAACCGGUAACAUCGAUGAUUCAAGUGGCAAACGUGUGCCCGUCCAACGUUCACAGUGUGGCUACUGUUUCUGCGACGCCGUCAAGAAUAGCGUCACCCACGAAGUUGUCACCGCCACCGUCGAGUGCGAUACCGACAAUACCACGUGUUGCCGUACGACCCAGUCCAGCCGCACAUUCGAUCACACCGUUGAAUCAAGGAACGGCUUGGAAGAUCACCGAAUCACUGUUUGGCACUGAUCAAUUGAUGAACAACAGUGUGCGGCCGUACUUCGAUUCGAAACAUGUCUCAGAAAAUACCAGUAUGAUCAAAUCUAGCAUAUCAUCGUCCAAAAUAUCGCCUCUACCGAAUCAUUAUAUCACACAAAGAAAUCUAUCUGUAAAUAACAAACCGAAUCACAGUAUAAAUAAUAAUGUUCAUAAAAGUUACAACGGCAGCAUUGCACCGAGUUCUAACUGCACAAAUACAAAUGUAAGCAACAACAAUAUGACCGUUGUCACUAACGCCGUAAGUUCUACGCUGAAUAAGAUCUCGAUGCCGAUGAGCAACAGCAUGCCGACCAGUCGACCUAUGAACAGGGUGCUACCGAUGCAAGCCGUAACACCGAAACAAGACCCAGCGAAGAAAGACGAUUUGGCGAUUGAAGAACCGACCAAACCUCUAAUCAAACCAGCCGAGCCGGAAAUCGUGGAAUCGAAGAAAACUUUCGAAGAAAUAGUGCCGAUUAAGAAAUCCGAAGCUACACUUAACAUCAACGAUGGUUUUAAACUUAAAACGGAAACGAUAGAGAAGGUGAAAGAGAAUCUCAAGCUUGAGCUCGACAAAGAAAAGAAACUUCAAAAUACGUCGUUGAAAAUAGUACUACAAAAACAGUUGCAGGAUGGCUCUUACAAGAUAACACGCAACAUGAAAGCUGUCACACAGAGCAAGAAGGUGCCGCAGGUAACAUCCGUAGAAAUAUUGCCGUCAAAACAGGCAGGACCUCAGAUCGCGUCUCUACAAUUGCUACCAAUCAAAACGUUCACGCUCAAGACAAAUAAGAUCGAGGACAAGGUAAAGCCCGUGGAGACGAAGGUGAACAUACUCAAAACGAAGACGCCGCCUGUGGCUGUGAAGAAACCCAGAAUAGUAGCAAAAUCUAUCAGAUCGGUGCGAAGUAGUCCGCAACAGAAUACACAUCAGGCGCAGAAAAACAGCCCGAAAGGACCGAUUUUAAUGUAUGAGGUCAAAUCGCAGGACGGCUUUGUUCACACAGCCUCGUCUAUGGCUGAGGUCUGGGAAACAGUUUUUCAAGCGGUUCAAAAGGCCCGCAAGGUUCACAAUCUACCUCCUCUGCCUCAUAAUGCUUUGUCCGAGAGUCUUGGCCUGGAUAACAACGCUACCGUCUACUUGGUCGAGCAAUUACCAGGUGUCAACAGGUGUACCAAAUAUAAGCCCAAAUUUCACACACUGGCACCACCAAAACCCGGUGAGAUAGAGAACGAACUGCCUGCAGUGUGUGAUAACGGAGCGGCUCGAGCAGAGCCUUUCAAGAGCAGAAAAGUACACGAUAUGUUUAGUUGGUUGGCGUCACAGCAUAGGCAACAACCCAAGAUGAUUGCCAUAUCGGAGGCAGAAUCCAGGCGAGCCGCGAGUACCAAUCUGCCGAUGGCAAUGCGUUUUAGGAUACUUAAAGAGACAUCAAAAGAAUCUGUUGGCGUAUAUCAUUCCCAUAUACAUGGUAGAGGACUAUUUUGUUUAAGAGAUAUCGAGGCUGGUGAAAUGGUUAUUGAAUACGCUGGUGAAGUUAUUAGAUCUUCUUUAACUGACAAACGAGAAAAGUACUAUGAUAGCAAGAAUAUAGGCUGUUAUAUGUUUAAAAUCGAUGAUCACCUCGUUGUUGACGCUACUAUGAAAGGAAAUGCAGCUAGAUUUAUCAAUCACUCAUGCGAGCCGAACUGUUACUCGCGAGUGGUAGACAUUCUAGGUAAGAAACACAUACUAAUCUUCGCUCUUCGCCGCAUCAUUCAAGGAGAAGAGUUGACGUACGACUACAAAUUCCCAUUUGAGGAUAUCAAGAUCCCUUGUACUUGUGGUUCCCGCAGAUGUCGCAAAUACCUCAAUUGAGACUGCAUAUACAGCUUAUCCUAAGCAACCGAAGAGACCGACGACACAGAGAUAAAAUAUUGUGCUAUAUAAUUGCGCGCGCUUUCAAAUAGGAUUCAUUUUGUUGAACGUUGUUCAUUUUACUCAUUAUCAAACUAUUUUCAGAGAUCGCAGCUUUUUAUUACUCUAUAAAAGAAUAUAGAUUAUACAUUUUAAAUAUUAGAAAAAAAAAAAAAAAAAAACCAGAUAUAUAAUAACGCGAAAGAGCACGGCGGUUACGAGAAUGUUACUUUAGACAGCUACGUUGUGUAGUUGAUUUUAACGGAGGUCUAUACACACUUAUACCUAUAGCAAUAAACGAUUCAAGUAUGUCCCGCUUUCGUAUCCAAAACGUAAAAAAA